CAGCCAGUCAUUCCCGUCUAUUGUGUGCGUUCAUUUGUAGUGAAAGUUGCUUCCUGUCCCUCCAAAGUCACUGAACCGCAACGCGUUCUCCGGAAAAAUGAAUAGUUCCGUCAGUUCAGUCAAUCGUUUCGAAAUAUCGGAUAAUGCCGACGAACUGAACCAGGAGAUCGACGACACAAACUUCCCGCGCAGUAAUUCCGUCAACGGGAACGGAUCGAUCACCAGCCUGAACGGGCAUGGCAGCGGGAUGACGGCCUUCGCCACGCGGCGUCGGUCCAGUAGCCUGCGAAAAACCGAGUCCGAAUCCGUUGACGACGAGAUGGCACAGGACGCGCUGGAAAGCGGAGCUCCCAUCGUGAACCGAGCCGUUCCGGCACCACUGCGGACAGACAGCUUCUCAGGUCACGAAAAAUGUACAUUCCAUCACGAUUUGGAGCUGGACCAUAAGCCGUCAACCCGAGAGGACUUACUGCCACUGAUGUCUAAGUCGUACCGGAUGCUGCUCAGCAACCUCGGUGAGGAUCCCGAUAGGCAGGGUCUUUUGAAAACACCAGAACGGGCUGCCAAGGCUAUGCUGUUCUUCACCAAAGGCUACGACCAAAGCUUGGAAGAGGCCCUCAACGGUGCUGUGUUCGACGAAGACCAUGACGAAAUGGUACUGGUUAAGGACAUCGAAAUGUUUUCAAUGUGUGAACAUCACCUGGUUCCAUUCUAUGGCAAAGUAUCCAUCGGUUAUCUACCCUGCAAGAAGAUUCUCGGCCUUAGUAAAUUGGCCAGGAUCGUGGAAAUCUUCUCCCGUCGGCUGCAGGUUCAGGAGCGUCUAACCAAGCAAAUCGCUGUUGCCGUUACUCAGGCCGUCCAACCUGCCGGAGUUGCUGUCAUCAUUGAAGGAGUUCACAUGUGCAUGGUAAUGCGAGGUGUUCAGAAAAUCAACAGCAAAACCGUCACCUCGACAAUGCUGGGAGUUUUCCGUGACGAUCCGAAGACUCGCGAGGAGUUCCUGACCCUAUGCAACAACAAGUAGAGCGGAGGAGGGAUGAGCUGGCUCGAACCAUACUAGAGAAAAUGAAAAAACAAGAAGAAGUGCUAUCUAUCUCCAAGCCAAGUCCGAGAAUGAUCGAAACGAAAUGAUAAAUUUUACCGAAUAUUUUAGGGAAUUUUAAAUCUCAAUGUUGAAUCAUUGUUGUUUGUCUGUUAAAUUGUUGUUCGAUACUAACUGAUUUUAACGUAUAUGCCUAUUAAUGGUCCAACGCGAAAACAAAAUAUACAUUUACUGUGAGAAAAAAAUAUAAUAAGGGAGAAAACAAUAAAAUUUGCAUGCCAAUCAAACAAAUAUGAUAGAGUCACUUUAUCAGGGGCCAACCAAUAAAAUAACUAAAUAAAAAUACAAUCAACACUUCUAUGCAGAGUAUUAUCGAAUAUUGUGGUUAACAAACAUACAAGGGACAUUUAUUGAAGUAGCAAUGAUGCGAUGCGAUAGUAGAAUACUAAUGUAAGUGUGUAUUAGAAAGAAUAUUUUACUAGCCACUCGAUGUUAAA